AUGCUGCUCUUCCUCUUUGCGCUACCAAUCCACGGCCUCGAGAGCACCGCCUGCUACGAUCUCCUCGGCAACGCUCUUUCCUCCAGCUACGGCCCAUGCAACUCGUCCGCAUCCACGGCUAGCGCCUGCUGCCUGACCAACCGUGACGAUGACGCCGACAUCUGCCUCGACAGUGGCUUGUGCAUGUCGACCAGUUCGGGAUGGACCGGAUUCCUCUGGGCCAACGGGUGCACUGAUCCAUCCGCCGCCGACGACGCAUGCCCCAAGCUCUGUGACGGGAUCCGCGGCUCGAACUGGACAUCAGCAAACGUCCUGCAGUGCUCGCCGGGGUCAUGGUGCUGCCGCGAGUCCACCGACACCCCAAACUGCUGCGAUAACUCGAGUGCCAUCAUCAGCGCCUCGAGUAUCGGCACGCUUCUUUUGCCUACGCAGACCCCCGGCAGCGAGGUCAAGGGGACGGACAGCUCCGCUACGGCCGUUGUUGGGGGCGUAUUGGGGGGACUGUUGGUUGCGACGUUGCUGACCUUGGCUAUAGUUCUGUUCAAGUGGCGCACCUGCAAAAGGGCCCAAGGCCAUGGUCGUGCGGAUCGUGUGUUCAAGAAGGAUGGCUCGCAGCGUCCUGUGGCCGAGUUGGAGGGACGAGAACGGCGGGAACUGCAGGGAUGA